ACAAAUAUGAAGUUUGGCCCCAAUAAUUGAACACAAGAAAUGACUUAUUAUUACCGUCAUCAAAAGUACAAUUAUGGUUUUGUGGGUUCUUCCCCUCAUAUAACCAGCCCCCACAUGAUGACUGGACCGAGAAGAGAAGAAAAGAGAAGACCUAUCCAUCCAAUCCAUGGAGAUGGAUAUAAAAAUCAUACAUACAUUCACUCCCACACUCAUGACUCACUAUAAAUAUGCCAAUAACAUUUACCUCUCUCGAUCAAAAUCCAGCUAAACCCCAAGUUUAUAUACAUAAUAGCAUCACUCUCCUCCUGUUUCUCUCCUUCAAUUAGUGAAGAAAGAAGUGUCUGGUAUGAGGAAAAUGUGUUCAUCAGACCCACUAGUGGUAGGGAGAGUGAUAGGAGAUGUGGUCGAUAGCUUCAACCCAAGUGUGAAGAUGAAGGUCACUUACAGCUCCACAAAGCAGCAGCAGCAUCAGCAGGUCUUCAAUGGCCAUGAGCUCUUCCCUUCUGCUCUCACUCACAAGCCCAAGGUCGAGGUCCUUGGUGGUGACCUCAGGUCCUUCUUCACUCUGGUGAUGACAGACCCAGAUUUCCCUGGGCCAAGUGAUCCUUACCUGAGAGAGCACUUGCACUGGGUGGUGACUGAUAUCCCAGGCACCACAGAUGCAACAUUUGGAAGGGAAGUGGUGAGCUACGAGAUGCCGAGGCCGACCAUAGGGAUCCACAGGUACGUGUUCCUGCUGUUCAAGCAGAAGAGAAGACUGCUUCUGAAUCCUCCUUCUUCAGCAUCGUCAACAACAAUAUUAAGGGACAACUUUGAUAGCAGGAAGUUUGCAGUGGACAACCAACUCGGCCUCCCAGUGGCUGCCCUUUACUUCAAUGCCCAGAGGGAAACUGCUGCCAGGAGGCGCUAGCUAGUCUUAUUUUAUGGCCACAUAUAUGUUCUGCGCCUAGCUUGACUACAACAAGUCAACAAUAAUAAUUAUUGUACCUACUUUUCGUACUACUGAUGAUAAUAAUAAUGGCUGGCCAAAGCUGGUCGGGAAGUAAGUUUGGUUUAGAAGAUAAGGAUGGAGAUCAAGUUGGGCUAAUGACGAUGUAAGUCUGGGGGGAAUGCAUAUAUGCAUCAGUAGUCUGCAUUCUGUGUACUAGUGCUGCUGCUGCAAGUAGGUAGUCAUUUCACAGCACAGGCUGGAUUGAAAUGAUCAUUAAUGUAUUUGUGGUGUACGUUCUUUUGGGCUAUUGUAUUUGUAGUACUGUUGUGUCUCAAUCUGAAAGUACGGUACUUUCUUCUUCAUGU